GGAAGUAACUUGAGGAGCAACCUAGAAGGGGAGUCGAGAGCGGAGGCCGGCGGAAGGCCGAAUUUCAGCGACCAGCGUACCGUAGCGCGCAGGGAGGUGUCCAAGUUCAGGUCCGGAGCGAUGGCACGAUUGACGUUUCCCAUGGCAGCGCUGGCUGCCGUGCUUCUGAUCGCUGCUGCAUCCUCCGCCAGCGCGGUUUGCCCGCCCAAGGUGACCAUAGACUCCGUCACCUACGGCGGCACCGGCUGCAACCGGCAAAACACGAACUACGUGUUUUCGCCGGACUUCUCCACCGUGACGUUCAUCUUCGGCGGCAUGGUUGCCACAACCGACGGAGGCCUCGCCAACACGAGGAAGUUCUGCCAGCUCUCCUUCGCGCUGAAGUAUCCUAAGGGCUGGAUUUUCACGCUGGGGAAGGCGACCGGCCGCGGGUUUGCAGCGAUCGGCAAACACUCGUUGGGCGUCUACGAGUCGAGCUACUACUUCUCCGGACAAACGGGGACGUGCACCAUCAGCCGCAAAUUCUACGGCCCGCAGAGCAAGAGCUUCGAGGCCACGGACAAUUUCCUGACGAUGGUGUGGAGCCAGUGCAACGGCGUUCCCAACCUGAACAUCAAGACGGUGUCGUGACUGAUCUUAAUUUGGCCUACAAAAAGUGGCGGGCCAGGGAGUUGCCGGGGAUAAUUGGUAGAAAGAGCCCACGGC